AUGAGCAACAACGAGGACUACGGGUACGACUACGACUAUCUGUUCAAGAUCGUGCUGAUCGGCGACUCGGGGGUGGGCAAGUCGAACCUGCUCUCGCGGUUCACGACGGACGAGUUCAACGUGAACUCGAAGUCGACGAUCGGGGUGGAGUUUGCGACGCGGACGAUCGAGGUGGAGGGCAAGAAGGUAAAAGCACAAAUCUGGGACACGGCGGGGCAGGAGCGGUACCGGGCGAUCACGAGCGCGUACUACCGGGGGGCGGUAGGCGCGCUGAUCGUGUACGAUAUCAGCAAGUCGAGCAGCUACGAGAACUGCAACCACUGGCUGACGGAGCUGCGCGAGAACGCGGACGAGAACGUGGCGGUGGGGCUGAUCGGCAACAAGUCCGACCUGGCGCACCUGCGCGCGGUGCCCACGGACGAGGCGAAGAACUACGCGCAGGAGAACCAGAUGCUGUUCACGGAGACAAGUGCGUUGAACGCCGAAAACGUGGACCUCGCGUUCCGCGAGCUGAUCACGGCCAUCUACCAGAUGGUAUCGAAGAACCAGGUCGACCUGAGCGAAAACAACGGCUCGGGCACGGUUCCGCGCGGGCCGACAAUCUCGCUGGCACCCGCGCCCAGCGAGAAGAGCAAGAAGAAGACCAACAACUGCUGCUGA